AUGAUUUUGAAUAGAUACAAUUUUCAUGCUUGUGUUCCCUAAUUCUUCUCUUCUUUUUUUCCUUCUACACAGGAAACUUUGAAUGUGAUUGAUCCUGGCUUGAUGGACCUAAAUGGGACAAGUGAGGAUGCCCUGGAAUGGGAUGAAACUGACAUAAGUAAUAAGUUAAUAAGUUUUAAUGAAGAAUCUAAUGACCUUGAUCAAGAACGCCAAUCUGUCAUGACUUCCUUGAACCUUGAAGAGACAGAGAGUGAGGACCCUGGUUAUGAAGAGGAGGCAGGUGAUCUUGGGGGAUCUCACUAUGCCUCAAGUAUUACUGCCCCCUCCAGUCCACACAUUUACCAAGUCUACAGCCUCCACAAUGUAGAACUAUGUGAGGACAGUCACAUGCCAUUUCUGAAAAACAAUCCAAAGUUUGCCAGUGUGACACAGCCUAGUGUUUUAACUAAGAGUCUCAGUAAAGACUCUUCAUUUUCAUCUACCAAAUCUUUGCCAGAUCUUCUAGGGGGGACCAAUUUGGUGAAGCCCUGCCCAUGCCAUGGAGGGGACAUGAGCCAGAAUUCAGGCAGUGAGAGUGGAAUCGUCAGUGAAGGAGACACUGAAACCACUACUAACUCUGAAAUAUGCUUGCUUAAUGCAGUGGAUGGGUCCCCAAGUAACCCUGAAACCGAACAUCUGGACCCACAAGUAGGAGAUGCAGUUAACGUGUUAAAGCAAAAAUUUAAAGAUGAGGAGGAACAUAUUGAACUUCCAAAUAGCUCUCAGUCAUCCAUUGCACCAGUGAGUUGUGUAAAUGGAAAAGUUGGAGAUUUAAACAGUGUUACCAAACAUACCCCUGAUUGUUUGGGAGAAGAAUUACAAGGAAAACAUGAUGUGUUUACAUUUUAUGAUUACUCAUAUCUCCAAGGCUCAAAACUCAAAUUACCAAUGAUAAUGAAACAGUCACAAAGUGAAAAAGCACAUGUGGGGGAUCCUCUGCUUCAUGGUUUUUAUUUUGAUAAAAAAUCCUGCAAAUCUAAAUAUCAGGGUACAGAGUUACAAGCAGAUGCACCUCCCCAUGAAAGACUUUUGGCAGGAGCAUCCCACGAAAUGGAUCGCAGUUCGUAUAAAAGUGGUGAUGUAGAGAAGACAUUCACUGGCAGGCAGAAUGCCAAACAACUCUCCCUUUUAUCUCAUAGUUCAUCCAUCGAGUCACUUUCUCCGGGGGGUGAUUUAUUUGCAUUGGGCGCCUUUAAAAAUGGCAGUGACAACCUCCAGCGAAGCACUUCUUUGGAAAGUUGGUUGACAUCCUAUAAAAGCAAUGAAGAUCUUUUUAGCUGUCACAGCUCUGGGGACAUAAGUGCCAGCAGUGGCUCAGUUGGUGAACUGAGCAAAAGGACAUUAGAUCUUCUGAAUCGUUUGGAGAAUAUCCAGAGCCCCUCAGAGCAAAAGAUAAAGCGCAGUGUCUCCGAUAUCACUCUCCAAAGCGGUUCCCAAAAGAUGUCCUUUACUGGCCAACUGUCAUUGGACAUGGCAUCGUCUAUCAAUGAAGACUCAGCAGCAUCUCUUACAGAACUUAGCAGCAGUGAUGAGCUCUCUCUUUGCUCAGAGGAUAUUGUGUUACACAAGAAUAAGAUCCCGGAAUCAAAUGCGUCAUUCCGAAAGCGUCUGACUCGCUCGGUGGCUGAUGAAAGCGAUGUCAAUGUCAGCAUGAUCGUCAAUGUCUCUUGCACCUCUGCUUGCACUGAUGAUGAAGAUGACAGUGACCUCCUCUCCAGCUCUACCCUCACCUUGACGGAAGAAGAGCUGUGCAUCAAAGAUGAGGAUGACGACUCCAGUAUUGCAACAGAUGAUGAAAUUUAUGAAGAUUGCAACUUGAUGUCAGGGCUGGACUAUAUAAAGAAUGAACUUCAGACCUGGAUUAGGCCAAAGUUAUCCCUGACAAGAGAUAAGAGAAGGUGCAACCUCAGCGAUGAAAUAAAGAGCAGUAAAGAUGUAAGUAGUAGCGAGGUGACCAAUCCCUCUGAUACCCUGAACAUUGAGGCCCUUCUAAAUGGCUCCGUAAAACAUCUCUCUGAAAAUAAUGGAAAUGGUAAGAAUUUAUCCCAUACCCAUGAGUUAGGGACAAAGUGUGAAAAUAAGAAAAAUAUUUUCAAAGUUAAUAAGGAUCCAUAUGUGGCUGACAUGGAGAAUGGUAAUAUUGAGAGUACUCCAGAAAGAAAGAAGGACAAACUGGAUGGUAUUUCAAAGGUAUCAGAAAAUCUUGGUUCAACUGGGAAAAAGAUUUCAGAGAGUGAACUUUUUAAGUGUAAAGCAUUUAUAGGUAGCUCAGAUGAUCCAAAUACUGCUGGAAAGGAAUUUGUUCCUCAGACUGUUACAUAUCUUUCAAAGAAAUGUCAAAACCACCACCAUCUUGAAAAUCAAAGUGUUGCUUCUAUUUCCAGUGAGAAGUUUUGCCCAGAACUUCCUUCAGAAACCAGAGUUCUCAACAGACAAGACUCUGAGGUACUGAAAUCUUCAUCUAUUGAUACACCAAGUACGGGUGGAAAAUCUGCUAGUUGUUGUCUAGCACUUGAAGAAAAUGAAACAGAGGAAAAUGCUGCUAUCAGCGACAGCGUUUCCUGUUGCAACUGUGAGCCAGAUGUUUUCCAUCAAAAAGAUGCUGAAGAUUGCUCAGUACAUGACUUUGUUAAGGAAAUCAUUGACAUGGCUUCAACAGCCCUAAAAAGUAAAUCUCAACCUGAAAACGAGGCAACUACUCCUACUUCGUUAACUCAGAUCAAGGAGAAAGUGUUAGAACAUUCUCACCGGCCCAUCCAACUGAGAAAAGGGGACUUUUAUUCCUACUUAUCCCUCUCAUCUCAUGACAGCGACUGUGGGGAGGUCACCAAUUACAUAGAAGAGAAAAGCAAUACUCCAUUGCCCCAGGACACUGCCGACUCUGGUUUAGAUGACAAGGAAGACAUUGAAUGCUUCUUUGAGGCCUGUGUAGAGGAUGACCCUGACGGAGAGGAGCCCUCUUUGGCUAGUCCCUCUCCAAAUGAACCUACAGUUCCUGAUGAACCUGCAGUGUCACUACAAGCCCAGGAUGCCGACAUGGUGGCUCUUCCAAGCCCUCCAUCUGAGAAAGGAUCUGAUGUGGAAAAGGAAGUGGAUGGUCCUCCCCAAACUUCCAGUGGAUGUGAAGAAAUUUCAGCACUAGCGACUCCCUCAAGUGAAGAGGAGAGUCCAGGAAACCCAGGUGAAUCUGGAAUGCCAGAAAGCAAUGCUGCUUCAGCCAAAUCUAUAGCUCCAGGCCUUUCCUUGAAGGCAAAGCAGCCAAAACAAAAGGCUGCAUUGGAUCCCAGUCCCACAACUUCAGCCUGUGAGGAAAAUCUUCUAAACCUUCAUGAAGAAGGACACAGAGAUAUGCAUAGGUAGAAUGUAACCCUCCCCAAGCAUGAAAAUCAUCUCAUUGAAAGAAAAGCCUGCCUGCAACUCUGGGGUGACCUCAUACCCCAGCCUGGGCUGGUCUCUGGUUUCAUCACGUCACUGCCGUUUGUUACAUUGAUUUCUCCCAAGAUGAAUCUUCCUUCUGAAUGCGGUUUGUCCACAUGAGCCUUGUGAUCUGGAUGUGUGCACUGGUUCUCUUUAGGUGAUCGUCUUUGAAGUUAAGCGAAGCUGCUUUUUCUCCCUUGGAUUCCUGUCCCAAGCUACCUCUACCAAACCCUCUCUCCUAAAACAAGACUUUUCUGUUUGCCUCCUGCCCUCCUGGUCCGCUCUUUAAAGUUUUGCAGUUCACUAAAUUGAUGGU